AUGAAGUCAUUCACUCUCCUCAUCGCCUUUCUGGCAAAUUUCGCCAUUGCAUCUCCAUGGCCAUCGCUCUUCAGUCGUUCUCUUGACAAACGACAGGCUGGGCGAUGUGGGACUGGCUUUGGAACAGUCUGCGGAGCAAAUGAAUGCUGUUCCAGCGCUGGAUGGUGCGGAACUGGUUAUCUUUACUGCUCUGCUCCUUCGUGUCAGAUCGAGUAUGGUCCUGGCUGCGAUGCAAACGUUCGUCCGAAUGGCCCUGAUACAACGAAUGUCGCUCGUCCGAAAGUUGGGAGUAUUCCGUAUGGUCAGGCUAUUUAUCGGUGUAACCGCAACGGCGAUAUUGCGUUGACGUAUGAUGAUGGGCCAUACACUUAUACCGAAGACCUUCUCGAUCUCCUCCAGCGAUAUAAUGCUAAAGCGACGUUCUACAUCACCGGUCGCAACCUUGGAAAAGGCGCUAUCAAUGACCCUGAUACACCAUGGCCAGGUCUCAUUCGACGCAUGGUACGAGACGGCCAUCAGAUUGCCAGUCACACAUGGUCGCAUCAACGUCUCACAACAUUGAGUCGCUCUAAAUUCUGGAACCAGAUGAUUUACAACGAGAUUGCCUUUGCUGAUAUUCUCGGUUACUUCCCAACCUACAUGCGUCCUCCGUACUCUGCCAGCAAUACGACUACAGAUGCAUGGUUGAAUGAGCUCGGGUAUCAUGUCACGUACUUUAACCUAGAUACAGAAGGAUAUCUACAUGAUAGUCCAAACAUGAUCAGCACGUCCAAGCAAAUCUGGGAUAACACCGUCGAGGGUCGAAGUCCAGCUACCAACAAAUGGCUUCACAUCGAGCACGACCCUAAUACAUGCUCCUCUCCAUCCGCCGCAACAACUUCACCGCCGUAA